GCUGGGGAACGUCCAGAACAUGGAUAUGCAGCUUCAAGUAAAUCCCUUUUUGAGAGGAAAGCUCAAGAAGCCAGUGAAACUCGUACAGCCAGAGCCAAACUCAUAGAGCAAGAAAAGGACUUGUUUUCAGGGACAACUAAUCGACGCAAUACCUUUGAGAAAGCUGCUGCCUCGCAAGAAAGAACUUCAGCACCAAAGAUAAAAGUAGAAGAUGAAGAAAUUGAUUUGUCUGGCCGAGCUAAGUCGCACAAGCAACUCUUUGAACAACAAGCUAAACUGAGUGCUCAGGUUUCUCCUUCCUUGCCAAGGAAGAUCUUUGGUGAGCAAGAAGGAGAGGUAGACAUCUCUGGAAAAGCUCGCAGCAAAAAGGAAUUAUUUGAGAAAAUAGCCACAGAAGGUGAAGGGACAUCACCAAGAAUGCAACGAAAAAUUCUUGAAGAUGUAGAUAUUUCAGGCAGAGCAAAAGCGCAUCGCAACAUUUUCCAGCAAAAGAUUGAGGAAGAAUCUCAAGUUAAGACUGCUCGGAAGGUACAUCUUGAAGAAGAUGUAUUUAGUGGGAAGGCUUCCUCUCGACGGGCAAUCUUUGAGAAAUUUGGAUCAGAUGACAAUGGAAAGCAGAGGGGACGUUUUGCACCUGCAGACGAAGAAAAAGCUGACUUAAGUGGAAGAGCAAAGUCACAUAAACAGAUGUUUGAACAGUUUGCAGAAGAAGCAUCAAGAGUGAAGACAGCUCAGCCAAAAGGUGAUCAACUUGAUGAUCUUUCAGGAAGAGCGAUGUCUCACAAGGAAUACUUUGAUGAAAAGGUGGCUGAGGCAGCCAAGACAAAAACAUCUGAAAAAAAAUUGCUCUCUGAGGAGGAAGAGGCUAUUACUGGAAGAGCAAAAUCACAUAAGCUCUCUUUUGAGGAAAAGGCGGCCAGGGAUUUGGAGGUCCAAACAAGUGAUAAGUCCAGGCUCGAAGAAGCAGUUCCUGAUAAGGGUUCGCUAUCAUAUGUUGUUUCAUCAUUUGAAGCCAAGCAAAAUGAACAAUUUGUAAAGGAGCGAGGUGAUGACAUUGAAGUGUCAGCACUCGGAGUGGCAAAAUCAAGAAGGUCUAAGUUUGAAUCAGGGGACAAAGAGGAUGGUCAUAGACGGAAGAAAAGCAAGAAAGAGAAGCACGGAGAUGAACACGGAAAGAAGAAAAAGAGGAAGAAGUCAUCAUCAAAGUCAAGAGAUGACGAGGAAACAAAAACAAAUGAAGACGAGGAAGAGAAGCAUGAGGCCAGCGAAGAACAUGCCUUUGAAGAAAAAGAAGAAAGUGAAAAGGGGGUGGAAAUGGAAAAAGAGUCUGUAACAACAGAGAACAAAGGUGAUGAUGAACAUGAAAUGAAUGGUGAAAAACAUGGGACAGAAUCAGAGGAAGAUGUAGAAGAAGAAACCAAAAAUGAACUGGGAACUGAAAGUGAAAUUACAGUUGCAACAACUGAGAUGGUGCAGUACAGUGAACCAGUGAGUGAUGUUGUCAUGCCAGAAGAAAAAACUGAGACAGCUGUCAGAGCGGAAAAGUCUGAGGCAGCUGUUAGUGAGGCAAGCACUGCUGGUGAUAAGGAGAUUCCUAUGGAUUAUCGUGCAAGAAGAGCUCUGAGACAGAAACAAAAGGAAUCUACAGAGAAAGCUGAGAGUAGUGAAGGUGAGAUAAUACUGCUUACAUGUAAAUGCUGUAAAGUGUCAUUGAAACAUACAUGUACACUGUACUUGUACCACAUAGACUAUUGUCACCUGUUAUUGUGGUUAGGUCAUCUGAUCUAAGACUGUUACUUUACAUGCACAUGUAUUGAUACUAUGUACGUGGAAAACUUCUUCUAAUUAAAAUGCUUGGAGAUGCUCUCUGAUGAGCAUAUCCAACCGCAAGGCAGAAAGUUUGGACUUGCAUCCAAACUGCAGCUGCAGUAACUUGCCAGUAUAAGUAUAUUAUACUUAUAGUGGCAAGUUACUGUUAUUACUGUUAUCAUAAUUGUGAAAAAUUGUACCCUAGGCAGGACAUUAUUGAGGAUUGGCAUUCUAUAACAUUUUGAAUAAGCAAAGCAAGAUAACACAAAUAACUGUGUCAUUAUCAUGAGCUUCAUUAAAUUCCACACACGAAAAUUAAAAUCAAUGCAUCAAAAGAUUGUCAAAAAUGUUAAAGAAUAGUAAGUUUCAGUGGAUUUAACUGAUGCUAAAAUAUACAUUCUACACAGAAGUGUUCCAUUUAGAGAUACUUUAAAAAUAUCUGUGAUUGUUUUUUGCUAGAAUAUUAUUGUCACUAUUUAUUGUAAAUUUAUGGACCUCUUCAUAAUGGUGACCUAUUAAUAUAUUCUUUUACAUGUAUGAUAAUUAGCCUUACUGACCUGGUUAGCAUGUGCAAAAUACAAAAGAAUUCAUACUCUAUUGUUUCUUUUUGCAGAGCCAAAAAGUUAUUCCUCGGUACAGAAACCAUUACAGGAGGAUGAACUGCAAAAGUCAACUUACACUGCAGCUGUGAAGGCGCGGUUUGAGAAUAAAGGAACAGAGGAACAAAAAGAGAGUGCUAAAGAUGAGGAAAAGAUGGAUGAUUUGGCAGCAAGGAGGGCAGCAAGACGUGAAAGAAGAAAACAAAGUGCAAGUUCAAUGUCAGAGAGUAAAGCCAGUGAAACAAAUGAAGAUUCAGCUGAUGGAACUUCUGGCAGUCGAUCAUCAUUAGCUGCUAAGAGAGCCGAGAGAAGGGCACGACGUGGCAGUAAAACAGACGAUAAGCUAGCCACGGAUGAAGGAGAAAAAACAUCCAGUGAUAGCAAGAUUGAAGAGGUGCAGUUGGCAAUUAAUGAGAGAAGAGCAGCACGUAGGGCUGCAAGAGCUGCAAACUCUGUUGAUGAGAAGAAGAAGGAAGUAAUUGCUACUGAUGACAAGGAAGAGGAAGAUACACUAGCAGCAAAAAGACAGGAGAGAAGGGAACGAGCUGAAAGACGCAGAAGCAGUAGUAAAGAAGAAUCUGGGAAGGAGGCAUUGAUAAAGCGAGGAUCUACUUCAGAAGAGGAUCAGUCGUCUGAAACAAGGAAGACUCCUACUGAGGAGAAGUCGAACUACACAGCAACUGUUAAGUCAAGGUUUGAGAAGAAAGGGAGUGAUGAGAACAUAAACAGCACCUCACAUGUAAGAAGGUCAAGGCAGACUGAAGAUCAGAAUGAUAAUCAGCGAAAUAACAAACCAUCAGAUGAGGAAAGUAUUGAAAACCACACACAGGUAUGUUUUGUCUUUACUCCCAGGGGUUAAAAUAAGAGCUGGUCAAUGGACAAUGUCUGGCCUAAAACUUUGCUCACCGGUCAUGUUCACCAGUCAUGCAAACCCUCAUUCUUUGACAAACCGCCAGAUACAUGUACUCACCUUAAAUCUUGGAUUUUUUUUCUUUUUUCACAAGAAUGCAAAUAAAAAAUUUCACAAGGAUUAGUAAAUUUUUUCCCAAUAUUUUGACCAGUCAGAAACAAGACUUGACUGAGCAAAAAUGCGGAACUUUGAUCUGAAAUCCUGGGUGAUUUUAUGCACUUUCGGUCACAAAAUAAUAUUAUACUUUUAUUAGUUAAGCAACAACUUUUUUCAGGGUUUCUGAUAAGAUUUGUUGCAAAUUUUGUGGGAGUUUGUGGAUUUACCUGAAUUUCUCGGCUCUGGGAGCUCACAAAAAGUAUCAGAGGACCUCUUUGGAAAUAUAUAAUGCCAGUUUUGGUUCAUGGGCCCUUGUUUUAAGAGUUAUUUAUCUUAGAAAUUUGCAUGAGCAUUGUCUUCAGUUUCUCGUGGGAUGAUUGUAAUAUUGGAAGCAAUGGUUAUGCAAAGUUUUUGGGGUAAAGGAGGUGAAUUAUAGGCAAUGUGAAGAUGGUGAAUUGUGAAUGCAAUCCAGAGGCUUAUUAACCUGCCACUUUGAUAUAACAAAGAAAGGGUCAGUGAGCGUUUCUUCAUGGAGAUUGUACACUGCAAGCUGAAGGUGGGCUAAGUUUCUAAUAUUCUUCCUUUUUUCAGCAAAACCAUCAUUCUUUAUUGUUUCACUUCAGGUUAGAAAAUCCUCACAAGAAGGAAAACUUGAUGAAACAGAUAGUUUCAAAUCAAAAGGUAGUAACCAUGGAGACAGCAAUGCUCACCGUCCUCGGAAUACAAAAGAUACCCUAAAUACGUUUGGUGGGAAGGAGAAGGACAUGUCAAAUACACCCACCUCCUCCCCUGUAAGUCAUCAUUUUUAUUACAGUUGCAUUGAUAUUAGAAAAACUCGCUUGUGAAGCAAGAAAUUUUUAGUGUGAAAUGCUCCCAUGGUUGGAUUGCAUGUCAGACUGAUGUUAAUUUUGGGUAACUAAUGCAUCUAAUACUACUUGCAUAAUGCACCAAUAUGUGCUAAUAAUGCUUAAUGCAUAAUUUAUGCUAACGUGCUAAAGGUCUUUUAGUUCUGCUUUAUUUUAAUACUCUUGACGUUGUACUGUACAUGUCAAAAUAGCUUAGCAGCACAUGCUCUGAAAUACAUUGUAAGUGAGUGAGUGCAAGUUUUCUAAUGACCCAGUCUUGCAAACAGUCAACUGUCAACAACUAACUCUCGCCUAACUCUCCCGUGUGAGCAGAUUGCUAGACAUGCAGUAAUGUAUUAAUAUCUCUAUUUAUCUUAAUGAGCUAAUUACUAAUUAAAGCUGAUCCUGAAUUAAGCUUUUUAAACUUACUUAUGCCGAGUUAAUAUUCUGAAGGAGUCAGUGAGAUGAUGGAGAAUCUGGUGGUGACAAUGAGGUAGGAGUGGGUUCAUUGCUCCCUUGGUGAUCUUUGCUUUGAAUCAGAAAUCUCAUCAAUUAGGAAAUUAUAUUUUGCCUUAUUUGCCUAAAACAUGUUUUUAAGCAAGGACUAUUUUUUUAUAGCUUAAUUUUUAUCAUUAAUUUGUUAUAUGGUAUUUUGUUAUCAAGGUUAACCCUUGAGGUUCCAAGAGUGACCAACAUCAAUUUUCUCAUAAUAAUGUCGACAGAUCAUCAAGAGUAAAGGUUAUGAGAAUUAUUAAAUUGAUAACCAAGGCGACAAAUUGUUUGAUCUUAAACUGAAUUCUCCCAACCAUUCUUAAAAGAAAUGUAUGGAGAUCAGUCUGGAGAAUUUGUAUGUGGAUCUUUAGGUUUAAAGGGUUAAAUACAUGUAGGGUAUGUAAUUCUUGGAGUUUGUCUUUGUAGAAUUAUUUCUCGUGUGUUUGUGGUUAGCUACAACUCUCUUCACUGCUUUAGCAGUGACUUGGCAGCCCUGGUGACUCUGCUAGAUUAGUUGAAUGCACAGUUUCCCAUUCAUGGUAAAGUCACAGAAAAGCAACUUUUUUCAUGGUCAGGGAAAAGGCAGAAAAUUUUGAGAAAAUUGAGCAGAAUUUGAGGAAAGUUGCCCAAUUCAAGUAAAGUUAACAAUGAUUUCUAACCUUUGACUAAAAAUAUUUUUGCAAGGUUAAUUCUAUUUUGGGGUUAGUACUCAACAAGCCUUAUAGUAGGCAUUUGAAACCUUUGAUUGUUCUUGAUAAUUGAGCGGCCAUUGAAUAGGCCAUAGUCCAAGAUGGCAGUCAAACAGAUUACAUAAAAGACCAAGAUGGACCUUUCUUAUCACACAUUUUACCCUGAAAUGCUGUAUUUCUUUUCUUUUAUGCUGUAAUCCUUUUUUUAUUGCACCUUUUUACUGGGCCUGCUUGAGGGAAAACCAACUCUUGUUUCUUUGCAAAGUGAUUUAAAAGUCAAGAAAACAUUUUGAGGUUGCCACAAGAUUUCCAAGCAGUUUCAAUACAUAUUCUUAUUGUUAAUUGUCUUGUGGUUAACAAUUAGUUUUGCGUAAAAUGUAAUUUACCUGCCAUUUUCCUCCUGGAGAUGUCAUAUGCAUCCCAAAAAUUCUUUAAACCUUUCAUCUACAGGACUGUAAUAUUGCGCAAAGUCAUUGCUUUUUUUGCUGUUGACCAAUAUUUUGAUGUCUAGAGGCAAUACAUUUUGGUAACCUAAAGUUUUUUUUGAAAAAAAAGUUGACCUUAGACCACUGUUUUUUCAUAAGGCAGGAGCUUGUUACACUGCAGUUGCUAGAGAUCGAAACUAAGGAAAAUUUAUAACCAGGUAGUGGGCCUCUCGCCUGUUAGAUAUAUCACAUUACAUUGUUCCAAAGUAGUACUUUUUUGUUAAAACUGUAACACCUGUAAUAUUUUAGUUUUAUUAAUGGUUAUGUUGACAUCAUGUAAACAGAGAGUUCGCCGCUGGGGAGCUCCACAGCAAGAGAAGUGCGAUUCUUGUAGCAAGACUGUUUAUCCAAUGGAGAGACUUUCUGCUGACAAGAAGGUGUUCCACAAGACCUGCUUUAAGUGUGCGGAGUGCAAGUCUACUUUGAGGUUUGUCCAGUUUUCUAUAAUUGUUAUUUUUUUCUAACAAAGGUUAAGCUUAUGAUUAACCAUAGACAUGUAUGUACACACAAAUUUCUUAUUGUCUAUGCAUCUGUAGACUGCAAGCAGUCUCUUUCUUCAGAUUUAGUGAGGGGAGUGCACGCACACCCGAGGGUCAAGUGGCGAAGCUGGGAAACUUGAGAAACGAGGCGCCAAUCAUGCGCGUGGUCAUUUUCUUGGCUUGCACAUUUCGCUUGACUGACCAAGAAAAAAGGGAGACUGCUCAUAGUCUACUGCAUCUGCUACACCAUGUAGACAUGAUUGUAUUGCUUACAUAUACCAACUUAGUCUUGAGGUAGCUGAUCCCAAAACCCUUUUGUUACAAACUACAUGUAUCUUUCAAAACAGUGCAUCUUUCAUGAGAGUGAUUUAGGCAUCUUAGUUAUUGCUUUGCUUCAGAGGAUUUAUUGUAGUGUUGGCAAUGAUCUUGUAAUUUACACGUAGGUUUUUCUUAUUGUACUUUAUCAUGAAAAACUGCUGUUGAGUUCAUGGAUGUUACAUAAAAAAGGUAUAAAAACUCAUAUUCCAGCUGCUCAGAUGAUUGAAAAUUUCCUCUGUAAAUAAAUUCCACAUGUACAGUGUAUGUACAUGCAAACUAGAGUCAAAUCCCUCUAAGAGGGCCAGGAGUAUUAUAGCGAGAUUCUCGUCCUGUGCUACUACAGGAAUCAUGUAGAACACAACAAUAAUCGUGUAGUAUACAACACGAUUCGUGCGUAGUAAGGGGGUGGUAAGUUAGUUUUGAGCAGUACUGUACGAGUACAGUCACUGAAGCCUGUUUUGAGUGGACUGCCACAGGACCUUCUCUGGCAUCCCCUUCAGAGAGAUGUCAGCUCAAUUUUUUUAAUGGAAAAUAGGGGAAGAAUCAUUAAGGGCUAUUAUCCGUUUAAUGUGGGGUGUUCAACUAAAAUGAGGCGAACUUGAUACAGGCUUUACCAUAUAGUGGGAAUGGGAUUAGGGAGAUCCCUUGGCAUAUUUGAGAGAGGUAAAAUUGAAACCCCUUUGCACUGUUCUUAUUUGAACCCAUAACCCAUGAUUCUUUAAUUAGAUGUUACUGGUUGUUACAGUUUAAGUACAAAGUACGUUUAGUAUGGUUUGAUGGGCACGUGCUAAGUUAGUACAGCUGUCAACCCUUCGAGUCCAAAAAGCAACCAACAAUAACAAUUUCUCCUAACAAUGUCACUACAUCAUCAAUAGAAAAGUGUAUGAGAAAUAAUAAAUUGAUCACCAAAGGGAAAAUACUUUGACCUUUUUUCAAACAUUCUCUCAAGUAAUAUAUGGAGAUCAGUCUCAAGAAUUUGUGUGUGGAUAUCAGGGGCUUGAAGGGUAGACAGAAAUGGAUAAGUUAAUGAAAGAGUGACUAAACAUGUACAUACAAAUGUUCAGUCAUGUAGUUUGUCCUUUUACUCAAUCACAUUGUGCACAGUUGUUGCUUCGUUUGUUCAGUUUUUCACCACCUGCAUUCUGUUUCUUCAUAAUUUGCACAUGGUUCCCAUAGCAGAAGUUCAGGUUUUUCUUUCACUGUUGUUGACACCCAUGCAAAUAAAUAGGUGUUGUGGUCUUUUAAUGACCCAUGCUUUAACUCUGGGACCAGUAAAAUAAACCCUCUAGUAUUACCGUAAUACUCUUAUAAUUUUUUGAGAAGUUUCUGCACAUCCAGUCUAUCUAGAAAACACUAUAAUGUGUCUUUUAAGAAUCUAAGUGAGAUUUUCUUCUUUUGUUGCUGAACCUUUGAUUUACUAAACCAGCUGAUCUAAUCUUUGAAGCAAUGUAAAUUUCAUGUUUAUACAGUUAAGUUUUAUUUACUUGGAGAUCAUACAGAGGUAACUGCAGUUGAUUACAUAGGAAAUAUUCAUAGGGCCGUGGAACAGAAAAUAUAAUUUCAUCAAGUUAUGACGUAAACAGCUUGCAUGCACAGAAGCACUGACGACCUUUCAAGAAACCGGUGUCAAUAACUUAUAUGCAUCUAUAACAGGCAAUAUCAACCUUUUACGAUCUGAUUUCAGGCCCAAAAAUCUUCUAAAUAUUAAUAAUAAUCAUUCUUCUGGGUAAUAAUUAAUAAUUGUCAGAUUAAGUGUUUAAGAAACAUUCAAUGCACCUGUGAAUUUGAAAUUUUGCAAAUUACAUGUAGUAUUACGAAUGUGAUAAAAACAUAUAAUGUUUUUUUUUUUUUAAAUAUACUGGUAAAAGAAGAGUUGACAGAAAAAGAUUAAGGAACGAAACUUAAGUCAGAUUACUCAGUUGCGUUAAAAAAGGAAAAAAAACGAGAGAGAAAUAAUAGCAUUGUGUCGUUCGUGUUUGUUCCUGCUUGAUCAACACCUCACUGUUCAGCUCAUCAUUUUGGUGUCAUCUCAUGUUCGCCGAUCACAAGACAUCAACAUGUUUGGUUCUGAAACUAACAUGUUACUUUUGUUUAGAAGCUAGAGUGUCAAACUUCCAACGCUUUGAUUAAAGGUGAGACAGGCAGGAACAAACAAUAUAGGAGCAAUAUAGGGACAGUAUAGGAGGAUCUCAAUAACUUGACGAUGUUGUCUCAAUCUGUUGUACGAAGAAUGUGGGAAUCAUGAAUGAUCUGGAAUUUGCCUAUGCAGCCUUUGAUAGAUUAAUGAGUUAAGGAAACAGUCGACUUUUUGAGACGCCACCACUAGUUUCCCCGCGAAAUGACGUCUGAGAAACGAGCACAGAAGUUCCGUACUAAUGACGCGUCACUACCCAGACCUGGGAAGUGCUUCUGAUUGGUCGUCGCGCGUGGGAAAUGUACUUCAACCAAUCAUAGGCACUACCCAGAUCUGGGUUGUGACGCGUCUUCAGUAUGGAAUUUCUGCGCUAGUUACUCAGACGUCAUUUCCAAGGGAAAUCACUGGUGGCGUCAGGAAUUGUUGGUUGUUUUCUCAGGUUGUUUGUUUGUAUGUGUAUUCAUUGUUAUAUGUGUGCUAGCUUUUAUGUGCAUGCCUUAAUGUUCUGUGUUAUCAAGAGUUUAAGCAAGACGUGAUGCCUUCUUUUGUUGAACGAUCUUAGUAUUUUUAUUAUUACGAUGUUAACUGUUAUUUUUUUUUUGGAAUUUGUUUAUUCAUUAUAUUCUAGUGGUGUUUUUGUUAACCUACAUGUCUUGAGUUAUCAGUCUCCCUCUCUCCUUUACAAGGUUCUCCACGAGUAAACACUGAAAGGAAUUACGCUGCUAGCAUAUUAUCACGAAUUUUGCCAUGUGAUUGGCUAACAUACUCCCCAUCUUGUCCAAUAGAAUUAAUUUACUAUUAAAAUAAGCGCACUUUAUGCGCAAUGGAUAGUAAGGUCGCGUUCGAAUAAUUGAUCGUAUUCCAGAAUAAGAGAAUUCGUAUAAACUUGUCUCAAAUCUCUUCAAAUUUUUGGAACGUUGGGAUGUAGCAUUUCCCACCAUAUUUCUGAAUUUUCCCCGCAAGAAAACCUAAACAAAAGAUUGUUAGAGUUAAUUCUAUGCAUUUCUUAUUCUAGAAUACGCUCAGUCGAACGCACCAUAAGAUGAUAGGAAAUACGAGAGCCUCUUUUCUACUUUUGCUCUGGGUGACAUCUCCCGCAAGCUCUCCUUUCAUCUCUCUUCAGCCUCCGCAUGACGCAAAAGUGGCCUAUGAGGAGGGGAGGGGACAUCAGCCGGUUUUUGCUACAUUCGUUAAAAGUGUAAUGGGGUAAUUUUUGAUUUUCUUUGUCACAGACUUGGAAAUUAUGCUGCUCUGCAAGGAAAACUUUAUUGCAAACCUCACUUUAAACAGCUGUUCAAAAUGAAGGGAAAUUACGACGAAGGAUUUGGCCGUGCACAGCACAAGACGCAAUGGAAUAACAAAGAUAGCUGAGAGUAUAUAGUUAUGGAAAGCAUAAAUAGCUGCAAUUAAAUGAACAAUACUUGCGCAGUGAUUUUCAGUCGAAAUAGUCAUGGUUACACAAGCGGUAUUUCUCUCGAGGUACAUUCGAUGUGCGUUUUUUUCCCGCGCUAUACGAAGCGUGCAGUGCGUCUUUUUCCCGGGAAAUCUCACAGCCUCUCGCCUGAUUGGCUGUUUUGUGGUUUUGUGGUGGGACACAGAAGCUGUGAGGUAAACGUCUUGAAAGCUCGCAUUUCGUGGUUGCUUCGAUCGUUUCCGUGGUUACAUCGCACGUAAAAUUUAUCAAAACCUCAGUUGAAGGUAAAAGGCUUGUGUAACCACAACUAUUUUGUAAACUGACAUGACCUGAAUUUCAACAAAUGAGCCAUAACGUCCUCGUAAGGCUGCGUUGUUGUAUUUACAUUGUAAUUUGCUUGACACGCGUGAGUGGAAUUUAGAAAAUAUUUUUAGUAAAACGCUACAAAGUUAGAAAUAUACCAGAAGGUAAUUUUUUGAUUAGGGCCUUGUGGAAAUGAUAAAAAAUGGCAGAAGUCAUCUUAUUUG